GGGAAGAUGGCGGCUGUCGAAGCGGCUGCGGAGCCGGUAACGGUGGUGGCAGCUGUUGGUCCAAAGGCGAAGGACGAAGAGGAGGAGGAAGAGGAGUCGCUGCCACCGUGCGAGGCGGUGCGCUGGGCCCCGGUGGGGGCAGUGGCGGAGGCCGGGCCUGGGACGGCCGCGUUCUCGGAAGAGGCGGCGGCCGAGGAGCCCGGCGCGGCCCCGGGCUCCCCUCCGGACUCGCCUGGCCGGACGCUGAGGCGGCUGCGGGCCGAGCGGCGGCGGCUGGACUCGGCGCUGCUCGCGCUGUCCUCGCACUUCGCACAAGUGCAGUUCCGCCUGCGCCAGGUGGUGCGCGGAGCGCCCGCGGAGCAGCAGCGCCUCCUGCGCGAGCUCGAGGACUUCGCGUUCCGCGGCUGCCCGCACGUCCUGGGUUACGGGGGGCCCGAGGACCCCGCCAGCGACGAUGGCGACGGGCUGCCAGGGGACCGGCCACGAUUGCAGGGCGAGAACCAGAGUGAACAGGAAAAACGGGAACGUCUGGAAGCCCAAAGGGAGAAGCAGAAGGAACUUAUACUACAGCUCAAAACCCAGCUAGAUGACCUGGAAACGUUUGCUUAUCAAGAGGGUAAUUACGACUCCCUGCCGCAGUCCGUGGUCUUGGAAAGACAGCGGGUGAUCAUAGAUGAAUUAAUAAAGAAACUGGACAUGAAUCUGAAUGAGGACAUCAGUUCACUGUCCACCGAGGAGCUCCGGCAGCGUGUGGAUGCAGCUGUGGCUCAGAUUGUCAACCCAGCCCGAGUGAAAGAACAGUUGGUUGAACAGUUGAAAACUCAGAUCCGAGACCUCGAGAUGUUCAUCAACUUCAUCCAAGAUGAAGUGGGAAGCCCGUUGCAGGUAGACAGCGCGCACUGUGAGUGCAAGGCCAGUGGGAAGACAGGAAGUGGCUCCACGAGAAUGGGCAGCAGCCGACUGCCUCCAGGAAACAGCAAGACAAAGGCAGAAGACAUGAAGAAGGUUCAGGAGACGGGGCUGCACCUCAUGCGGCGCGCGCUGGCAGUGCUCCAGAUCUUUGCUGCUAGCCAGUUUGGUUGCACCACGGGCCAGAUCCCACAAACCCUGUGGCAGAGGGGCCAGGCUGACAGGGACUACUCCCCCUUACUGAAGAGGCUGGAGAUCUCAGUAGACAGAGUGAAGCAGCUAGCCUUGAGGCACCAGCCACACAACCACAUUAUCACCUCUGCCAGCCUCCAGGACCUGUCUCUGGGAGGCAAGGACGAGCUGACCAUGGCUGUGCGGAAGGAGCUGACUGUGGCCGUCAGGGACCUGCUGGCCCAUGGACUCUACGCCUCCUCACCAGGGAUGAGCCUGGUCAUGGCCCCCAUCGCUUGUUUGCUGCCAGCCUUCUCCUCCGCCCCUGAGACCAUGCACCCAUGGGAACUCUUUGUAAAGUACUACCAUGCUAAGAACGGCCGUGCUUAUGUGGAAUCCCCCGCCCGGAAACUCUCCCAGUCCUUUGCCCUGCCAGUUAUGGGAGGCACCGUUGUGACCCCCAAGCAGAGCCUUCUGACAGCCAUCCAUGUGGUGCUGACGGAGCACGACCCCUUUAAACGCAGUGCAGACUCAGAGUUGAAAGCCUUGGUGUGCAUGGCCCUGAACGAGCAGCGUCUUGUGUCCUGGGUGAACCUAAUCUGCAAGUCGGGGUCACUCAUCGAGCCCCACUACCAGCCCUGGAGCUACAUGGCGCACACAGGCUUUGAGAGCGCCCUCAACCUGCUCAGUCGCCUCAGCAGCCUCAAGUUCAGCCUCCCUGUGGACCUGGCCGUGCGCCAGCUCAAGAACAUCAAAGAUGCCUUUUGAUGAGAGUGCCAGGCCCUACACCACCACCUUCCUCAGUAGAGUAGGGGUAGAUGGUUAGUCUUCUAGGGUAGAAACAAAGAGGAGGAGGAGGGGUUAAAGACGGUCUCCCUAGCCAAAUGACUGCAAAGUCUGUUUUCCCCGCCAAAUUAGCAUCUCAGAGAUGCUGGAGACCCUCUCAUUCCAAGGUUCUGCCCUGGUGUGUAACAUGUGGGCACACAUAUUUGAGCCGAUGUAAAAGAAAUCAGCUCUGGCACACAGUUAAUGAACCACCUCAUCGUGCCACGUCUGCUUUCUCCAAAACCCAGAUUGCUCUAACCAUUCUCUUUAUGGUGGUGAGUGACAUGAGUGAAUCGUUGGUCCUGG